CAGACGACCAGUUUCAUCAAAUUUAUUUACUAUUUGACAGACUCAUAAGUACAGGUCUUACGAAAGCUUUGUGGUGCGAUUGAAAACUGUUGUGUCCAGUGAAAAUCCAGUGUCAAAAGCGAAGUACUUCCUUGGGACGACUGUAGCUACCAAAGCAAACACCAAGAGCAUGACUGACUGCUCUCGGGCCGGGUGUGGCGGCUGCAUAUCCGACCAGUUGGCGUGUCCAGUUCCCUGUGAGACCAAUGUCAAGGUCGGCUCCGCUACCGCAGGCCCGAGGUGGGCGGAUUGGGUCACCCGUGUCUGUAAACCCAGUCCACCGUGGGAUCUGUCGGACGUAUAAAUGUCGUGUGGGUGUUGCUACCGACACCAGUCUCUCACAGUGGCAACAGCUGCUUACGUCGCAACAAAUCACCCUAACCAGAAACAUGAAGGUCCUGCUCAUCUCUGCUCUGGUGGCGGUCGCCCUGGCGGCUCCCCAGAAGUACGCCCAGCAGCAGUACUCAGAUGCUCCGGCCAAGUACGCCUACGACUACAAGGUGCAGGACUCCAACUACGCCGUCGACUUUGGACAGAGCGAGUCGCGCGAUGGAGCCAACACGCAGGGCAGCUACUACGUGGCGCUGCCGGACGGCCGCGUGCAGCGCGUCACCUACAGCGUCAGCGGCGACGGCGGCUACGUGGCCGAGGUGACGUACGAGGGUGAGGCGCGCUACCCGGCGGCGUCGGCCAGCCAGCCGGCAUACCGUCCGGCCGGCAAGCAGCAGCCGUACAACUAGACGGCCGCCGGCGCCGCCUGCCGCCGACCGGGCUGCUCUCCCUCUCUAAAUGGGAGAGGGACAGACGCGCCGUGUCGGCCUUCGACUUAUGUCCUGUGCUGUGCCUGAUGGCUGUCGAUGACUGCGAACGCCUCAGCCCAUGUCGUAUUUAUUUUGUCCUCGUCAAUACAUGUUGAUUUUUAUUUUGUAGCAAA